AUGACACUCGACGAACGGCAACCCCUCCUCCACCAUGAGACGGACAACCGCGCGACCAAACCCCCGAGCGAACCACCCCCACCACCGGACCCCGACAACCCCCAAACCUGGCAACACACCUACAAACUCCUCCUCGUCCUCCUCCUCGCCCUAAUGGCCUUCACCGUAACCUUCACCUGCAUCUCCCUCGUCCCCCUCAGCCCCUCCAUCAUCGCCUCCCUCGACACCCUCUCCGGCACCCCCAGCACAACCUACGCCUCGAUCCUCCUAAUAACAAUCUGGGAACUAGGCGAAGCCGCGGGACCCUUACUCAUCGCGCCCCUCAGCGAAGUCUACGGUCGCGCGCCCGUGUUCCAUGCCGCGAACGCGCUGUUUGUUCUUUCCACGGCCGCGGCGGCGUUGAGUCGGAGUACGGGGUUUUUGGUGCUGAUGCGGUUUAUUACUGGGGUGAGCGUGGCGAGUAAUGUGUUGAAUCCGGCUGUUAUUGGGGAUCUGUUCAAGCCGGAGGAGAGGGGAAGGGCGAUGAGUUUGGUCAUGUUGACGCCGUUGAUGGGGGGUGCGAUUGGGCCGGCUGUGGCGGGGGCGGUGGCGCAGGGAAUGGGGUGGAGGGCGGUGUUGUGGAUGAGUGUGGGGUUGGCGGUGGUGGUGGAGGGGCUGUUUUUGGUUUUGUUCCGCGAGACCUAUCUGCCUGCUAUUUUGAGGAAUCGUUUGCAGGUUGAGAGAUCUGAGGGGAAGGUUGAUGAGGGAGAUUAUGAGGAUGCUGGCGGGCUUGAAGAGUUGAAGGUCCGGCCCAAGUCACUGAUCUGGCAAUCGAUCAAGAGGCCCGCUACCAUCUUCGCUGGAUCGUUCGUCCUGCAGAUCAUGUCGCUCUACGGCGCCGUGAUGUUUUCCUUCUUCUACAUCGUUUCCACCACUCUCCCCGGGAUCCUCCAAGAUCGCUACGGCUUCCCACCCGCACUCGUCGGAUCCUCCUUCCUAAGCUUCAGCAUCGGCUCCCUCCUCGGCAUCCUCGUGAACAACACCCUCCUCGACAAAAUCUACCUCCGCCUCACGCCCCCCAACUCCCCCCACAGCAUCCCCGAAAACCGCCUCCCCCUCACCAUCCUCGGCGCCUUCACCCUGCCCCUAACAAUAAUCCUCUACGGCUUCUCCGCCUCCCUGCACCUCCCUUAUCCAAUCGUCCUCCUCGCAGUCCUGCUAAUGGGUUUCACCAUUAUGCUGGGCUUAGUACCCAUGAUGUCCUACAUCGUCGAUGCGUUUGGGGUGUAUUCGGCGAGUGCGUUGACGGCUGUCUUGAUUACGAGGUGCUUGAUGAGUACGGUGCUGCCUUUGGCUGUGGCGCCGCUGGAGCAGAGGUGGGGGUAUGGGUGGGGUAUGACUGUUUUGGCGGGGUUGGGGUUGGGAUUGGCGCCGGUGCCGUGGGUGGUUAUGAGGUGCGGAGGAAGGUGGAGGCAGGGGUGUGAGUUUAGUAAGGGGUGA